AUGUUGGGUUACAGGUUAUUGCGAUCAAAUAUUGUUAAAUAUGGUCACAUUGAAAGACCACUUCAUUACAGUACUGUAGCUUCGUCUUUUCAUCAUCAUCAAUCAAACAAUCAUUCAUUUGUAUCGCCACCACAAUCCACACCUAAGAUCGCUUCAAUAACUACUAAAAGCAAACAAAAUAAUAAUAAUAAUAAUGAUAACGAUGCUAAUAAAAUAAUUACACAAUCUAAAUAUAAAAAUCCACCUGACUUUGCACCAAGCUCAAUCGAACCAUGGGCAUCUACUUAUAAAAAUAAUAAAGUGGCCGCAUAUAAAGAAUUAAGAAUAUUAAUUGAUAGUAAAACAAAAGGAUUACAUUUCUAUUUGGAUGUUUUUGAAUUCACUAGAAAGAUGGCAGAUGAUCAGGGUGAACCUAUGACUUUGUUGUUACUCAAUCUGCUGUUGGAGGCAGCUACAUCGUUGAAAGGUGACAAGAAGUUCAUCUCUGCUAUCAUUAAAGAGAUCAAUAUCGUAUCGGAUGAAGAUUUUGGCAGUAAGACACACGAAAUCAUGUUGUCCUACUAUUUGGAGCGUGGUAGCAUUGCAGGAAUCUCCUCACAACUCAGAAGCAUCAAGAAAAAAAAUUUGGAAUUUUCAUCGCAAACCAUGUCACACUUGGUGUUAAGAGCGUACGUUGCGCUACUCUCUAGCGAUAAACCAAAGGCAAAGCAGCUGUCGAGCGAGGAUUUGCAAGAAUUUCUGUUGGAACACUUUGAUUCCGCGUGUCAGAAAUCGGAUCGUAAGAAACAGAGAAUCAUGGAGAUUCAACAGUUUUCGACGAUGGUUGAUUAUUGGUUGCAGACAAUGACACCACCCGAAUUGAUUAAACAGAUUGUCAAGUAUGUCAAGCAUGUCCCAGAUUACGUUGGAUCCAGUCAUUUCUUUGGAAUGUUGGAUACUCUCAUGGCCAACGAUGUUAAUGAGUUCACACUACUCGAAGCUCUUGCCACUUCAAACAUGCUAAAUGUUCAUAACAGUACGUUGAUGAAUAGAAUGUUGUCGUUCUAUCAGAUCAGAGGUAAGCAUAAUAUCACAGAUGCACUACUCGAGUUGGUACAACACAAAACGGAUGCAUCGUCCACACUUGCAUUAAUAGUCGGUGCGCUGUCGUCAAAUAACAAGCAAUCUGCACUCCAAUGGCUUCAGAAAUUUCAAGAUCAAUCUCUAUCGAUUCCAUCAUCUUUGUUUAUGGAUCUAUUGUAUUUCUUCAGACCGUCGGAUUCCGAUGUCGAAGCUCAGCUUGGUUACCAAGAGUUUGUCAGUCACUUGGUCAAGUAUCAAUUCGGUGGAUUGAAACCGGAAGUUGUUAAACAGAGUGAUUACACUAGUGACGCCAUUGGAGAUUGUACAGCCAUCAUUGCUAAACUAGAGACAGCAGAUACUAAGGAUCUUUUGCAAUUGAUAACCAAUCAACUUGUUGCAGCAGAUGAUAUGCGAUUCACAAAGAGUUUGGUCGACCAAUUGGUUUAUCAUUACUUAAAGAGUGGAGAGUAUUAUAUGGCUAUGAAAUGGGUUGCUCAUUCAAUGAGAGAGUUCAAACUGCCGCUGAGUGAAGUAACUUUGUUCCAUAUGGUCGAAUAUCAUCGAGUUGCAAAUCAUCUGAAACUAUUGCGAUUUUGGGAGCAGCAGCUUAUCUAUCGAAAUAUUGCCACAUAUAGCGAAUCUAAAUAUUUAGCCGGUUCGACAUUCUAUUUACCACCGGGUUCAGUGCGAGACAAGCAGAUAGCCGAUAGAUUGGAGCAUAUCGUAAACCUAUCAAAUACAGGUCAAAUGUUAGAGAUAAUCAAAUUGUUGGGACAGCAACAACAGGACAAUGAAGAGUAUGCGUUGAUUUUCGGUUGGGAGUUUGUAUUGAAUACCAACAUAAGAAGAAAGCUUUUCAACUCUGCAUUGAUUGAACAGUACGACCAGAACGAUCAUGACUUGAAGCCAAUCAUAGAGAAGCUGGAUUCAUAUACAACAGAAAAGCUGAACAAUCUCAAAGAACAUGACAAACACAGUAUCAUCCUUUUGUCCUAUCGAUUUUGGAGACUGAGUGGAGCUGGCGAUGCAGAUGCUAUCUUUAGCUUGUUUGCGAAGGAAAGCGAUGCGAUUCAGAGAAACAAGUUCUAUGCCUUUGAUAUUGUAUCGAUUGUAUUGUAUAAUCUAUUUCACAGUCAACAUCUAGCAAGCAGAGUACAAGCAGCAAAUCCAGCAGAAAAUCAAUCACCGAAAGCUCUAAAUUUGUGGAUCAGAUUAUCGAAAACUUUGAGAACAUUUCAAAAGAUCGAUCGAUCUCAUCACCCACUCUCCAAUCCAUUAAUUUUUUAG